GCAACACAACAUCGCUUUUUCCGUGAAAACGCCAAACUAUUCACAGCUGUCAAUUUGUUUUUGCUAAUUGUUUUUUAAUGCGCCUGCAAUCGUGGGAAAUGUUUACAUGGAGAAUAUUGAGUGAAACUAUUUGCGUGGUAUUUUAUCUUGUUUUCGUUUGUUUUUUCGUAAUUGUUAGGGCUAAUAGUGAGGACAACAUCAUUAAUUCUCGAGGGCUCUCGAGUCUUGAAUGGGGCGAGCACUUGGUGCGCGGGGAAAAGGACCCAUUAUUACCCGAAAAUUACACGUACGUGCACCUUCGUGGGAAGCGCUUCGUGUCUCUAACGAAUGCAGACCGAAAGGUGAACAAACCGCAUCAGGCGUGUUUAGCUCCUGGAGACAAGAAGGGACAUUGUAGGCACUUGGCGCAGUGUAUCUUGAAGGAUUUCCAAACUAAUUUUACGCGGUUCCUCGAUUACAUGUGCAUUAUUCAACAAUCGUACGUUGGCGUCUGUUGUCCAGACAGUUCUAAAGAGGUCGAGCAAAUCAACUCACUAGCCUCGGAGAACCUCGUUGGAUUCCUUCCGGCAGUUGCAGAUGUUGAUGACAAGCCGAUCUGGGGUGAGGCCUCUGAGCCUAAUGAGACUGCCAUAAAAUCGGAGAAUGGAGGGGAUAGGCAGCCGAGGGGACCUAGGGGCUGUGGCAUGAGUUCAAAGAGCAAGACGAGAAUUGUGGGUGGUAGACCAGCUGAUCCACGUGAGUGGCCUUGGAUGGUUGCCCUCAUUCGAACUGAUGCUGAUCAUUACUGCGGAGGUGUGCUAAUUACUGACAGACAUGUUCUCACAGCCGCCCACUGCGUACACGGAUUACGGAAAAGAGAUGUCAUCGUACGAUUAGGCGAAUACGAUUUUUCCGCGGACAAUAAACCUCGCGUGCACGACUUAAGGAUAAUUGAAAUAAGGAGUCAUCCAGAUUUCGAUGCAUUGAAUUAUGAUAACGAUAUUGCAAUCAUCAAGCUUCACAGGCGGACGGUAUUCAACACCUACAUCUGGCCCAUUUGUCUCCCACCCACUGGCUUUUCCGCGGAGAACAAGAGUGCAAUAGUCACAGGUUGGGGAACGCAAUAUUACGGGGGUCCAGCGAGUCCAAUCCUUCUGGAAGUGGCAGUGCCAGUGUGGCCACAGGACUUAUGCAGAAGAACAAUGGAAUCUAGGGUAUCACAGAACACCCUAUGUGCGGGUGCCUAUCAGGGUGGACAGGAUUCAUGUCAAGGUGAUUCAGGUGGACCACUACUCCAUCAGCUCGGCAAUGGUCGUUGGAUAAAUAUAGGAAUAGUCUCCUGGGGAGUACGCUGCGGUGAACCAGGCUAUCCCGGUAUCUACACACGUGUCAGCUCCUACCUCGACUGGAUUUUCGCCAAUGCCAUCUUCUAAACUCCUCCAUAAACUUCAAAACAAUUCCAAAACAAUCAAACUUUAUUCUGCUAUAUUGAUUGGUACAUUAAAAGGUUUUAUCAUCUUUUAAACCUCGAGAUAAAUAGAACUUUACUCUUUGAAUUUAAAGAGUUUCCUGUUUUUUUUGUUUAUUUUGGUUGUCACUUACUUAAUCAUUCUCUUUCGCUCUCUCGUUCACACUUACAACAUACCCGGACAGUUGUCUUCUUUCAGGGCUGGAGAAAAAACGAAUCACACGUGAAUUAUCACAAACACACAAUUUUUCUCAAUCGUCCAGUCAUUGGAGGCCCAG